CUCAUUAAGAGCAACUCCAGCAUUAGACCCUAAAACUAAACCCCUACUUUUAAUUUGGGUGCUCUUCCUACUUCGUGGGGCUCAAUUUUUUUGCUUCAACUCCAACAGUAGCACCCAAAUUUAGGCCCCCAAACUUAUUCCAGAGAGAAUGACACAAGGGACCCACUCGUCAGUGUCCUUUUCUUCUUCCUCUUUCUUCUUCCUUUGGACAUGGACACAAUUAGAGCAUCGAGCCGGUUACCGUAGGGUGUCAUGCACAUACAAGGGUAGAGAGAGAAGGAGCAUGAGCUGAGGCUAGGACACGCGAUGGAGGAUGGGGGCUGCCCUGUUGGGCCAACAGGAAUGGGGUCUAGGAGAGAAAUAUGGGUGCCCAGCCAAAUAUGGGGUCUGGAGUAGGGACCGUGCUGGAGUAAUGUUUUUAGUCUGAGCACCCAUAUUUAGCUAUUGGGGCUUGAGUAGAAGCUCUGCUGGAGUUGCUCUAAAGAGGGGUGCCGUCCGGCCGGCCGCGGGGAGCAAGCAGCGCGCGCGAGAGACAGGUUGAGAUGGCGAUGCCGUAUGCCUCUCUUUCCCCGGCAGGCGCCGACCACCGCUCCUCCACGGCCACGGCGGCGUCGCUCCUCCCCUUCUGCCGCUCCACCCCGCUCUCCGCGUAAGUACUCCACCACCUCCACUCGCCGGGCGGCGGCGGCGGCCUGGGGGAGGACGCCCAGUUGAGCUCGCGGUGGCCGGCCGCGAGGCCGGUGGUGCCGUUCACGCCGGCGCAGUACGAGGAGCUGGAGCAGCAGGCGCUCAUAUACAAGUACCUGGUGGCCGGCGUGCCCGUCCCGCCGGAUCUCGUGGUUCCAAUCCGCCGCGGUCUCGACUCCCUCGCAACCCGCUUCUACGGCCAUCCCACACUUGGUGGGUACGGGACGUACUACUUAGGCAAGAAACUGGAUCCGGAGCCGGGGCGGUGCCGGCGUACGGACGGCAAGAAGUGGCGGUGCUCCAAGGAGGCCGCCCCAGACUCCAAGUACUGCGAGCGCCACAUGCACCGCGGCCGCAACCGUUCAAGAAAGCCUGUGGAAACGCAGCUCGUGCCCCAGUCCCAACCGCCCGCCACCGCCGCUGCCGUCUCCGCCGCUCCGCCCUUGGCCUUGGCCGCCGCCACCACCACCACCAACGGCAGCUGCUUCCAGAAUCACUCUCUUUACCCGGCCAUUGCAGGCAGCACCGGUGGAGGUGGCGGGGCCAGCAAUAUCUCUACCCCGUUCUCCUCGUCGAUGGGGUCGUCUCAGCUGCACAUGGACAAUGCUGCCAGCUACGCAGCUCUUGGUGGUGGAACUGCAAAGGAUCUCAGGUACAACGCCUACGGAAUAAGAUCUUUGGCGGAGGAGCACAACCAGCUGAUUGCAGAAGCCAUUGACUCAUCAAUGGAGAACCAGUGGCGCCUCCCGCCAUCCCAAACCUCUUCGUUUCCGCUCUCGAGCUACCCCCAGCUUGGGGCGCUGAGCAACCUGGGUCAGAGCACAGUCACCUCGCUGUCGAAGAUGGAGCGGCAGCAGCCACUCUCCUUCCUAGGGAACUCCGAGUUCGGGGCCAUGGAAUCCGCCGCCAAGCAGCAGGAGAACCAGACGCUGCGGCCCUUCUUCGACGAGUGGCCCAAGGCGAGGGACUCCUGGCCGGGCCUCUCCGACGACAACGCCGCAAGCCUCGCUCCGUCGUUCCCGGCGACCCAGCUGUCGAUGUCCAUACCGAUGGCGUCCUCGGACUUCUCCGUGGCCAGCUCCCAGUCGCCCAACGAUGACUAAUGGUGCGUCGAUCUGACUGACCGAUGUCCGUGAGCCGGCCGACUAUUGCAUCUGUUGCCUUCUGAUUUCCUCCAGGCCCUCCUUUGUCUGUCUCCCUUCCACCCACCGCGCGGUAGCUGCGGAAACAAAACAAUCCAUGCUUCUGUAUAUUUAUCGGUCAUUUUCCGCGUCAGAUUUGUACCAAACCAAGCGGCUGGAGUACACAAUCCGCCGCCGUCGGCCGUUGUCUCGCAUCGCCUCAUGUGGGCGAACAUGAGACCGUUUUGCUUAGGCUCAAAGCUUUGUGUGUGCCCCACUGAUCGAAACUCAAUCUAUCCCAAAUUAUAAGUCAUUUGACUUUUUCAACACCAAAUUUGAUUA